AUGUCCCUCCGAGUGUUCGAGAAGGAGCGACCCUUGAGCCAAAAACCCCACGCGACGAUAUACAGAGGAGACUUUCGAACAGAGAUUGUUGCAGUGAAGCGUUUCAAAUCUGGAAUCAUAGCAGAAUUUGAGCGCGAGGUUCGUAAGCUACAAAAACUCGAGCAUCGAAACAUUGUCGAGUUCUUAGCGGUAUUCCGCAACCGCGACGGAACGAUCGACCUAGUGAUGCGAAUGGGUGAGCUUGAGAACCUAGGCGACGCUAUCCGAAACCAGAGCCAUACGUUUGAAUGGAAAUACUCGAUGCUGUAUCAGAUUUCCUCGGGCCUGGCAUACCUGCACGACAACGAUAUCAUUCAUGGGAACCUCACGCCAAACAACAUCAUUUUCCGAGAUCUGGCGCAUGGCCGAGCGAUGAUCGGAAACUACUGCAAGGCCGCCAGGCUACAAAGUCCACCAAAGGCGAUAGAAGAUAUGAUUUUCGAGGCUCCGGAGGGAGAAACGUCGAAACCGAGCGAUGUGUAUUCACUCACCUUAGUUGUUUGUUGCAUCCUAGUCCAUACUUGCCCCGAACCCCUCUAG